AUGGCGACGACAGUCAACCGGCUGCUCCACCCGAUCGAGCACCACCGUGAAAAGAAGGAGGGCGCGCGCAAGCCUUCGGUUCCGCUGCACGACCGCAACGACUCGGCCAUGGACAAGCCGCGCGAGGCGGAGAAGCGCUCGCUCGUCCAGUGGGAGGCCCAGCGACACACGCUGAGCCCGGACGACAUCCACAAGGACCCGCAGCAGAAGCCCGUCGGCCACUCGAGCAAGGUCCUGCGCCAGGAGGACUUUGAGCUGAUCAAGACCCUGGGCACCGGCACCUUUGCGCGCGUCUGGCUGGUGCGCCUGCGCGACGCCCAGCAGGCCGACGCCGACAAGGUCUUUGCUCUGAAGAUCCUGCGCAAGGUCGACGUCAUCCGCCUCAAGCAGGUCGAGCAUGUACGCAACGAGCGCAACGUCCUCGCCAAAGUCGCCGGCCACCCCUUCAUAACCACAAUGGUGGCCAGCUUCCAGUCCAUAGACUCGCUGUACAUGGUCCUCGACUACUGCCCCGGUGGCGAGGUCUUUAGCUACCUGCGACGGGCGCGGCGCUUCAACGAGCCCACUUCACAGUUCUACGCCGCCGAGAUUGUGCUGAUAUUAGAGUUCCUGCACGAGCGCGAAGGCGUUGCGUACCGCGACCUGAAACCAGAGAACAUACUCAUCGACGCCGAAGGCCACCUUAAGCUGGUCGACUUUGGGUUCGCAAAGAAAGUAGAGGAUAGGGAAACAUACACGUUAUGCGGCACACCAGAGUACCUCGCGCCCGAAGUUAUCAGAAAUACAGGCCACGGCACAGCAGUGGACUGGUGGGCCUUUGGAAUCCUCGUCUACGAGUUCCUCGUCGGCCAGCCGCCCUUCUGGGACCAGAAUCCUAUGAAGAUCUACGAACAAAUCGUACAAGGCAAGGUCCGCUUCCCCAGCGCAAUGUCCGCCCCCGCUCGCGAUCUGAUCUCCGGGCUCUGCACCGUCGACGUCUCAAAACGACUCGGCAACAUCGCAGGCGGCGCCCGCCGCGUCAAGGAGCACGAGUGGUUCAAGGACAUUGACUGGGACAAGAUGUACAACCGCGAGGUCCAGGGGCCGAUUGUCCCGCACCUGCGAGGGCCAGCCGACACGAGGAACUUUGACGAGUACGACGACGAGUCUAGUCACAGGGAUCCGUACACAAAGGAGCUGAGCGACAAGUGGGACGAGUACUUCAACGACUUUUAGGCACGAGUCUGUGCGUCGGCGAAGACGAGGUCUACAUGGACCGACUACGUGGCGGGAUGGAGUCGAAGCAGCAAGGAUUCACGGGCUGUGGGGGAGACGGGGCAGCGCUGGAUCAGGCCUUGCGCCUCUUACGGCCACAAUUGGAUACGCUCAUGUUGAUGCUACGCCUGCACGCGGAUCCACGGCGUUUUGGAAUGGGGUUUUGGUUCUCAUGCAUACAUCUUAGCGUGGCGUGUCGUCACUUGUACCAUACUCGACGAAUACAAUGAUAUCCUCGCCACCGCUCCUC